CGGGGCGGAAAUUUAAAUCGGCCGCCGCGGCCGCCGUGAGGAGAAGGCGGCGGAGCGGGGCGGAGCAGGUAGGAUGGGCUGUCAAUCCGAGAAAAGGCAAAGGCGGCCCCCAGAGAAACAGCAGGAGGUGACUGGGUCAUCCAAGAACCUGCCCUUCUUAGGAAAAUCCUUCUACCUGGACCUGCCGAACAACAAGCAUGUGGAGUUUCUGGUGGUGACAAUAAAGCAGCUGGGUGGGGUGAUUGAAAGCUUCUUGAGUAAAGAAAUCAGCUAUGUGGUUUCCAGCAGCAAAGAGGCCAAACUGGACAGCGGGCCUCGGAGACAGACUGAGAAGCAGAGCAGUGCAGCUUCAGGGGAUGCCAAGGCAAAGACUCUGCCCAAAGGGAGCCAUGCGGGGCCUCACCACAAGCCAGCAGAUAGUGCUCUGAUCAGCAGGGGGAAGGAGCUGCUGCAGAAGGCCAUGAGGAACCAGGACUCCAGCAGUGGCAGUAGUAUCCUUGCCAAUGCUCGCUCCUGGGGGGUUCGGAUCUUGCAUGUGGAUGAAAUGAUGGCCUAUGUGCAGCAGCUGCUGUUCCGUGUGUCAGGAGCAAGGAGGCAGAGUGAGAAGAUGAUGACACUAGACCUGGAUGCAGUAUUCCAGCCGCACCAAUGGCAAAUAGAGGUGAAGUGUUUCUCAGUGGGGCCAGGAGUCCUUAAAGUGGGAAAACUGAAGCCCCCGUUUCUGAAGAUUGAGGACCGGAGCAGGAAGUUCCGGCCCUUCUAUCACCAAUUCAAGAGCUUCCCUGACCUGAACUUCCUGGCACCAAAUAGAUCCAGCCCAUUUGAGCCUCUGAAAACCCCCUCAAGCUCCUGCAGAGUCAGAGCCCCCGAGGGCUGUCUGACGCACAGUGAGAGAGAGAGGAGCCCCCGGUCCAGCCCAGCCGCCGCGCCCAAGAGGAGGAAGGGGUUUUGUGAAUGCUGCCAGGAGACCUUCGGGGAGCUGCAGAUGCACCUCCAGAGCCCCCGGCACAGGCGGUUCGCGCUGGACGCCUCUCGGUAUGCGGCCGUGGAUCAAGUCAUCGCCCAGCUCACCAACGACUUUGCAGAGAUCCCAGCCUGGUCCUCGCCCCCCAGGGUGCCCUGCUCUCCUGUGGCUGACGAGGAACUUUGUGGCUCUCAAGCAAAGGCUGUGGAAGGCCUGGGCACACCAGCUGCAGAGCUGGGACAGAAGCACCAGCUGGCCAGGAAGGACCAAGCAGAGCUGCGUCUCAGUGCAGUGGCCAUGCUGGGCAGGGAAUGCUCCAGGGGCCCAGAGGAGAUGCCAAAGGAGAAGGUCAGCCAGCUCCCUCCUGCUCAGGAAUUGCCAGCUGGGCACCCCCUGCUGGGGCUACGGGCUGAGAUGCUGCGAGCCAGGCCAUCUGCUAGCCCAGGGCCAGCUGGGAGGGCCCAUGCUUGGUGUCGGAACACGGACCGAUCUGCUGUUGGCAGCAGCCCCCACUGCACUGUUGUCUUAGCUACUGCUCCUGAUCUCAGCCGGUGGCCCCAGGCCAGCGAUGGAUUGACUGGAGAGGCAGCUGCUUGCUCCCCUGAACUUGUUCCCCAGGAUGCGCUCGAGCCCCUGAGUCACCCCCUGGGAGCAUCACCCCGCCCCAGGAAACGCAAACUCUCCGCCAGCCCUCGCCCGCGGCUGGGAAAGAAGCCGAGGAUCCGGCUGAGCAGCGACGCCCUGCAGCUGGAGAAGCAGAUGGGCACGGAGCACUGCAGCUCAGUUCAUCGGGGUGCGGAGGGGGCUGCUGGCACUGCUCCAUCUGGUGCUCCUGGAGCAGAGCUCUUGCUGCUUUCCAGCAGGCUCUGCAGCUUCCCUGCCUCCGGGAGGCCUCAGGACAGUACCCGUGUGCUGCCCGAGCCUGUGCCCAUGGCUAUAGACGACACCGAGGCCACCCUGGCAAGCACAGCCACUCAGCAGAGCUGGGAGAGAGGGACUCCAGAGGGGCAGCCUCCAGAGAAGGCCCCGGAGCCUCCCUGCUGUGUGGCUGGCUCUGGCCUUGAGCUGCAAUCCCCUACCUGGGACAAGGCCAGCUGUUCUGCAGUCCAGCCGGCCCUCCCACGCCUGCCAAUCCCCCAGGCCAGGCACUUGUGCUGUACUGAAGUAGCUGAAGGUGCGCCACCCACCAGCAUAGACCUUGGUGAAAGCAUCCUCCAGCCGGCCCCGAAUCUGGGGCCAUCACCCUCUUCUUCCGAGUCGGACUGGGACGGCCAACUGCUCUGCUCACUGGACACGCUGCAGGGCACCAGGAACCGGCCGGUAGACCUGGAGGUGCUCCGGAGGACCUGCAUCAGCGUCCGAGACAGCGGCUACGAGUCCCAUCUCUACUCGGUCCUGAAGCAGAAGUCUGAGCUGGACUGGGCAUGCAGAGAUGACCAGAGCUGUCGGAACUGUCGCGUGGAAACGGAAGGAGCCCCUUUCGCUGUCUUUGAGGCCUGCCUGGGUAGCUGGACCAGCUAGCCACUCGCUGCACAGACCCCUUCCAGUGCUAGAGCUCCCCCCACUUCCCCAAGCUCGGCUGCAAAGGGAGCCUCCCCAUGGCUCUGGCAAACCGCCUUCCCCACAGCCAUCAGAAGGCACAAGCCUGCCUGGAGCCAGUCUAUGGGCACUGGAAUAAGACCCGUGAUCAUUACUGGCUGCAAAUGGAGGGUGGAGCUGAGCCUGGAGGCUUCGGGCAAGAUUUGGUUCACUUGCUUGUGAGUCUCGGCCGCAGGCUGGGCUCUCCAGCAGGGCCAUGCUAGCCCUGUCUUUCCAUGGGGACAGACCACGGCCUGGCCAGGCCUUGACCAGCCGUGGCCUGGCUCUCCUCUCCCCUCAGUGGAGCGACCAGGAAGCAGACUCCCUUGCCUAGACUAGACUGCACCAUGUGUCCAGCUGCUCGACAGUGGCUUUUGAAGGGCCUGUUGCGUUUCAUUAGCACUGCUCAUACAUGUAUCUCCUGUGCUCUCAAUCACCCUCUGCAGCCUGCCCCUGGCGGAGGGGGACGGGAGCACUUAGUAGCAGGAAAACAACAUUCCCUUAGCCAGUGGCCUGGCCUGGCUUAGCAAGUGUGCAGCUAGCCGCUGCAGGGCUGGUGGAGGUGGGAUGCACCCCUAGUCUGAUCUGCAGCCGGAGCAGGGGUUUUCUCCUCUCUUCCUAUGCAGCAGAAAGGCAGGCAGUCAAUGCUGCCGUUCUCUCGCCCAGAAAGAGCUGCUGUCCUCUAGAAGUGACUCUGCUCUGAGCUCCCGCCAGCGUUCCCGGCUCUUUCUGCAUCUCCCUGGCCCCUUCCUACUUGUGGUGCAGUUAAUGGGGAGGGGGGGGGAAAUGAGCUGCUGUCUGGAUCGAUUCCUCUUCCUGUUUUAGCUUCUGCUCUGUUCCAUGGGGCCACGGCUCCCUGUCUCUUGUCACCACUGGCCAUUGCAGAUGAUUGUGUUUAAAACUUCCUGCUUGUUUUAGAAACAAAUUAAAACUAAAAUAAACUGAGUGUAACGAUCCAGUGUGA